UUGAAAAAGUCUUCAUUCAGCAAAGUUUGGAACAUCGAACCAGUUAAGUUUGCUAUUGUGACUAAAAAUGGUGCGAAAUUUGAAGACUUAGACAUAGAAGGUUUGUUAACAGUCAAAGAAAGUUUUGACAGAAGGUUCUCAAACCUUAAAGAAGGCAAAGCAUACAAACUUGUUAUACCUUAUGAACCAAAGAAGACAGACGACUAUGAAUAUUAUGAGUCUAAAGUUGUAGAAGUUCAAGGUAAAUUGGGUAAAAAGCUAUUAGAGUCUAAGCCAGUGUUUACUCCUAAAGAGGAAGAGAACAUUGACAUUGACCCAGAAAUGUUCUAA